AUGUCGAAAGAAACAGCGUCUAUGAGAGAAAUACAACACAACCGACAACUCAUUAUACAAGCUCUAAAUAAGAACACAACAAACUUUUCAAACUAUUCUAAGAUAUCUGAGUCAUUGAAAGAAGGAAACUUAAAACUGACGAUAAACCCAUUGACAGACGAGUUUCUGUUUCAAGACAGUAAGAACCAUACUGUUUGUAUAAAUCCAACAAAAAGAACUUUAAACGAGAAACCUAUAGAUGAACUUCUUUUGAAGGCAGAUAUUGACAACAAAGCUGACAAAGAGUAUGUAGAUGCAACAAAAGACUAUAUUCUCGCAUGGACAGAUAGAACAUACCCACAAAAACAUCAUACACAUAACAUCUAUGACGUAGAUGAACUACCAGAAAAGUUAGAUGACAAAGCGGAUAAAACAUAUGUUGACAAUAAAAUGUCAAGUGAAGUGACAAGAGCUGACAAAGAAUAUUCUAAAAAGACUCAUACACAUACCAUUGCAAAUAUUACAAACUUACAAGAAACCUUAAACAGGAAAAGUGACGUUGGACAUACACACGAUUUCUUCUCAACUGUUGGUAUAGAAAAUAUUGAAGGAACGGUUGAAGAAACUGGUGGGGAUGUAUUAAAUUGGAAACCUCCUAACUUUCCACAAGGUUUAACAUCGGAUGAAGACAUAACAACGAUGAGAUACAUUAGAUGUAGAAAUGUCUAUGUCAUGGAGGAUGAAAACAAUGUUAAAUUCACUGCUCAAGAUUUAUAUGAUAAAAAAGCUGACAAAACAGAGCUUCAAACAUUAAAGAUUGAAAUACUUCAAACAGUAUAUCCUAUAGGUUCUAUUUACACGUCAAUGAACUCUACCAGACCAGAAGUAGUACUUGGUCUCGGAACUUGGACUCAAAUAGUCGACAGGUUUUUGUAUUGUGCAAACUCUUCAAAGGAAACAGGUGGAAGUAAAACGAUUUCAGGUGAAAACUUACCUGCGCACAGUCACUACAUAGAUUUAAGUACAUCUCAAGCAGGUUGGCAUAAGCAUAGAUUUUGGGAUUGGUCAGCAAUGAAAAAAGGUAAAGGAUAUGAUGUUAAAGACAACGUUCAGUUUGCUAUAAAUUGUUUCUGGGGUAGCACACAGGGAGAAGGAAACCAUACACAUCGCGUUUCAGGGUAUACGCAAACAACGGGACAAAGUAAAGACUACAUGCCACCUUACAUGACAGUUUACGCAUGGUAUAGAAAUGCUUAG